AAAAAAAGUUAAACAUCCGUUUUUCAAUAAACAACAAUGGAUGACACUGGAGGGACUUUUGAAGCGUUGUCAACAGUUCAACCUUCAGAUAGACGUUUAGAUCCCUUUUGGGCAACUAGAUUAUGGCAAAAAUUGAUAAAAGAGGCAAUGACAAGUGUCAAAAUAGGUCGGCAAAGGCAUUUCUUGAAAAAUUAUGAUGAUGUAUUUAAUGGGGAUGAUUUAGUUACUGUGAUUUUUAAUUUUCUGAAGAACUGCAAACCUGAGCUUGAUCCUGAUCGGAUUGAACGAAGCAAUGCUGUUAAGUUAUGUCAAGUGCUCAUGGAAAAGAAGCUAUUUGAAAGUGUUGUUCCAAAGGGAAAUUUAAAAUUUGAAGAUGGUUCCUCUAGGCUGUACAGAUUCAUUGAUGAUAAUAUUCAAGAGACAUCAGAGAAGGAAAGCAGUGAAAAAGAAAAUCGUAGAUCUGUCAACUGUGAUGAAUCAAACAGUUCACGCAAGGAUAGUUUUUCUUCCCCUUUGAAAACGUUAAAUACAAAUAAAACUCCAGAUUGUUCAGAGUUAUCUAUUUCUGAGGGAUCUUUCAAAAGAUGUCCCCAGAGGCGUACUUUUCGUAUAAAAACACCUUUGAUGCGAGUACGGGACACUAAACCCAGCCCCGUUCGCUUCGCUAAAAGAAAUAAUAGAGAUUCUGAUCAUGAAGCAUCAUUUUUGGAACUUAGAGAAACAUGCCUAGCACUUUUACUCCAACUUGUUGACAUUCCUGUUCUUGAAAGUGUUCUGGAUGUUCCACCUGACUUACCUGAGCUACCUGAAGCACCGCAGCCUUUUGUAUUAGCAAAUGAUUUCACACCUAGGAAAAUGAAUCUGUCAAGACAAGAUUUUCGUGGGCCUGUAACCGAUAUCCCUUUGGUGAAAGCAGCCUCUAAUUGCUUAGGCGGUGGACAUCCACCUGGCAUAGCAAAUCUCUGGUCGGUCCAUGCUUGCAAAGUUCUUUGUUACAAAACUGUCGUUGAGAGAUAUUCUUGUUCAGCAGAAUCACUUAUACCAGGAGAAUAUUUUUCAUUCUGCCUUGCUAUUGUGAAGAUGUUAAAGGCAGAUGAAAGAGAAAAAGCACUUUAUGCAAUGCAGUUGCUGUUGUUUCAUUUGCCUUGGAGAAGACGUAAACAGCUACAGCAUUUACUUCAUUUUUUGCAUCUAGUUGUUGAUGAUCUGUUUGCUAGCGUAGAUAAGAUGGUUACAAAUUAUGAAGCAGUGCUUAGAGAUUUUCUUCCUAUCGUAUUCAAACACCCUCUUGUGUCAAAGGAACCUCAAAAGAUUUUGUUUGAUUUUCUGCUUCUAAAGUCGGAACUUGUGUUUCGUAUCCCACCACAGCUCUACAAAGUUAAAGAAGCAGGAUUUAGAAUUUGUGAAAAGAUUGCUAUUGAAGAUUUUGAUUCAGUCACCAUCACAUACACAGAUCAGUGUCUUAUAAAUCUAGCAACAUCAGUUGCUGAUAGCACAGAAUUGAAAUUAUCAGAAAAGAAAGUCUGGUUAAAAAGGCUGAAGAAGCAACACCCUAAUAUUUACGACAUUUGUCGUCUUAGUGAAUGA